AUGGAGCUGGGGCUGGACCCGGCUAACCAAAGAAACCAGCGCAGCUGCUCCUUCGAUGCGUCCAUCGUUAAUGAGUCGUAUUAUCAUGGUAAGUGAGGCCGGGGUUGUAUUGUAGUAGGCAGACAUGGUCGAUUUUGGGCUGAAGAUGAAGAGCAAUGUGGGUUUUGAGAUGUGGGUUUGCAUCUGCAGUGGGUUUUGAGAUCCUAUGGGGAGUGUUUAGACAGCAAGCCGCCUUCCGUCGCGAGCAUAUUCGAUAGUUAUAUUGCGGUAUGUAGAGAUGGUCGAUUUUCGAGUUUUUUUGGGUUGAAGAUGGAGGUGCUGCUAGAUUAGCUUUUGUAGGAGCGUCCCUGAUUCUCUAUUUUGGCCGUAUCAACCGUUAUUUUCAGGGCUCUUACCUCGCGAGGACAUCAGACUUAUGUUACACUCAAACGGGGACUUCUUGAUUCGAACCACCGAACCCAAUUCCGAAGAAGGUAAACGCUCGUACGUCCUGUCCAUUAUGGUUUAUCAAGAGAAGGAAGAAAAUGGUGUAAGUUUUUGGAAAUCCGAGAACUUUUAUAUUAUAUUACCCAGCAUUGGUCAUCAUUUUUUCCAGAUCAAGCACUAUGUAAUUCACCGGCACGGAACAAAGUGGGUCAUCGAGAAGUACGGGUUCGAUAGCAUCAAAGCGAUGGUCGACCAUCACCGGAGCAAGAACGAGUCCAUCUCCAAGAACGAGCUGGUUCUGUUGAAGCACCCGAUCCCGAGACAGCCCUGGGAAUUGAGUCACGAUGACAUUGUUUGUACCAAGAAGUUGGGGGAAGGCGCGUUCGGCGAGGUCUACAAAGGAACGUUGAAGCUGAAGGGCGGCGCGCAUGCGAAUGUGGCCAUCAAAUUGGCCAAGCUGGAAAACCUGACCAAGGAACAGAUCAAGGAGGUCAUGGGAGAGGUAAAGAAUGAAAAUAUUUUUUGUAAAACCAUUUCUCAUAACCGAAUACGGUCUGAAAUUUCAUAAUUUCCAUUUUAAACUACUCUGUCGACAUUUUGUCACGCCAUUUUUUCAGGCGCGGCUCAUGCGAAGGUUUGAUCAUCCGAAUGUCGUCAAGUUUUAUGGAGUCGCCGCAGGUCAAGAGCCGCUGAUGGUGCUGAUGGAACUGGUCGAUUAUGGAGCGUUGGACUCGUUCCUGAAGAAGAUGGAGCAACCUCCGGCCAAGAAGACGGUUAUGUGUGUUCAAGCCGCUUGGGGCAUCGAAUACCUGCAUCUGAAGAACGUGAUCCAUCGCGAUAUUGCGGCCAGAAAUUGUUUGUAUGGAGGUGGACAGGUCAAGAUUAGCGACUUUGGACUGAGUGUCGAGGGAACGGUGUAUCAAAUGGAUCCCCAAAAAAGAGUGCCGGUUAGAUGGUAGGUGUAUAAUAUGGGAAAAUUUUGGGGGAAAUUUUUUGGAAGUGAUAUGGAAAAUAAACAGGAGUGUGUGGAGGGAAUGUUAGAUUGAUUGGGAAGUAAUUUACAACCUUCAGGUUGGCUCCGGAGACCCUGCGGACCUUCAUUUACACCCAGAAAACUGAUGUCUGGGCCUUUGGAAUCUUGUGUUGGGAGAUCUUCUCCAAUGGCCAAGAACCCUAUCCCGGUCUGAGUCCUGGAGAGACUUUUGUUAAGGUAAGUUUGCAACAUAUUGUAGUCUACUUUUUUAAUUAUUUUAUCAGCCUUAUGUAAUGUUUUUUUCAGGUCAAAGAAGGCUACCGCAUGCCGAUGCCCGCUUGCGCUCCAGCCGAACUGGCCGACCUCGUCGUGAACAAGACGUGGUCCGAGAGUCCGAACGAUCGGCUGUCCAUGAAAGAGCUGGCGCACAAGCUGGAGCUGUUCGCCAAAAUCAGACGCCCUCAGGCUCCUUCACAUUCUGACGUCCCCUCAGUCCCACAGCAUGAUUUUUAUUAUCAUGAGGGGAUCCCACCCCCAGUGAAAGCCAGAAGAGCGAAGAAGAAUCAACAUCGAAAAAAGCAUUAA